UUUUAAAUUAAUUUAAGUGCUGAUCUGAAAUGCCUCGAAAGUGUGUGAAUUCUGUCGAUAGCUUUUGCUAUAUAUGUGGUGAAAUAACAUUUAAGGCUCAGAAACGUAAAAUGACACCUAUCGUUAAGACAGCCUAUGAACAUUAUUUUGGUGUGAAAGUUGGGGACCAAGAUAAAUCAUGGGCUCCUCAUAUAUGUUGUAAUUCUUGUUCCGUCAUAUUGCGAGAGUGGCUGAAAAAUAAAAACCGGGCAAUGGCUUUUGCAGUACCUAUGGUUUGGCGUGAGCCUACCAAUCAUACAGACGACUGUUAUUUCUGCUUAACUCCUCCCAUUAAGCAAGGUUUAUCUAUGAAGAAAAGAGGAACGGUUAAAUACCCUAAUCUCCCAUCUGCUCUUCGGCCUGUACCACACUCAGACAAUUUGCCAGUCCCUUCUCCACCCCAAAACUAUGAAAUUUUAGAGGAAGGUGAUGAAGACUGUUUAGAAGGAGCAACCCAUCCUUCUACAUACUAUGACCCUGAUUUUGAGGUAAGCGAUAGGUCUAGUGAUCCGCACAGAAUUAGUCAAGCAGAGUUGAGUGAUCUUAUAAGAGAUCUUCGCUUGUCUAAGGAAAAGGCUGAGCUGUUAGGGUCAAGACUACAACAGUGGAAUCUUCUAAAACAUGAUGUGAAAAUAUCUCAUGGACCAGGAAGGACAAGCUUUUAAGUACUUGAGAGCAAAGUUUCCCAGGUUGAGUGAUGCUAAAGUCAAGGAAGGCAUCUUUAUUGGGCCUCAAAUCCGUGAAAUCGUAAAUGAUCCUGCUUUUGACAUGAUUUUAACAGGAAAUGAAAAAAGAGCCUGGGAAGCCUUUAAGGGGGUUGUACAUGGGUUUUAGGUAACAAAAGAGAUGAUAACUUCACAGCAUUGGUUAAAGAGCUUCUUCAAGCUUACCACCAACUUGGAUGCAACAUGUCCUUAAAAAUUCAUUUUCUUCACUCUCAUCUUAAUUUCUUCUCACAAAACUGUGGAGCUGUGAGUGACGAACAUGGAGAAAGAUUCCAUCAAGACAUUGCCUUAAUGGAACAGAGAUAUCAGGGCCGUUGGAAUGAAGCAAUGCUUGCAGACUACUGCUGGUCUGUGUGUAGGGAUGCUCCAGAAGUGUUUUAUAAAAGACAAGCUAAACGAAAGCGAUCUUACAAUGAAUCGGAUGGACU